AUGCUGUCACCAUCUUCAUCAUCGUCGUCACUUUUAUUAACAUCGUCAUCGUCAUCUUCAUCAUCAACAACAUCGUCAACCUUGAUACGAAGCGGUGCCAAUGAACUGCAUUACCGGCUGUACGAAGAGGUGCAGAUCGGUGUUGUAGCUGCGGACAUCCUCAAACAUUCGAAUCUCAGGUCGGUAAUUGAGAAGGACAUCACCCAACAGCUCCUCAAACAACAACAACAACAACAGCAACAACAACAACAACAGCAACAACAACAACAGCAACAAGACUUUGACAGCCAAUUACAAACAGCCCUUCAACGAUUGAGAUUCAAAAAUCUCGCCAAACUGACCUGCCCCCUGUCUUUAAAUGAAAAAACCGGCCAAAUAACCGUCGAUGGUCGAUUAGAUAGAGAAGUGAUGUGCGGAAGAUCCGACGAAUGUCGAAUACGAAUGGAUGUCGUCAUUCAGCCUAUGAUUUGGUUUAGGACGUUUAAAAUUGAAAUUGAUUUAGCUGAUAUCAACGAUCACGAACCGGUAUUCGAACCGAAUAUUAGGACCAUUGAUCUGAGUGAAUCAUCAACCAUUGGCACAUCUAUAAUGUUGGAUGGGGCGGUUGAUAUGGACUCUGAGGAACAUUCUAUAACCGCUUACAUCGUCAUCAACAGCUAUUUCACGGCAGAGGUCUACAAGCGACUUGACGGAGCCACCGACUUAAAACUCCUCCUCAUCAAACAGAUCGACAGAGAGCAAUUCACCAACAUCACUCUCUGGAUAGCUGCCUUGGACGGGAAUCGAACCCAGCCUCUUCCAACUUCAUCAUCUUCAUCCACCUCAUCACCGUCCGUACUCCAGUUAAUUAUUGUUGUGCUGGAUGCCAACGAUAAUCCGCCGGUAUUUGAUAAAGAAUCAACGAGCAUACCGAUAUCUGAGAGCACACAGGUCGGCACUGAACUCGCCAGCCUCAAAGCCACCGACAAGGAUGACGGCGACAACGCGCGAGUUUUUUAUUAUUUUUCAAACCACACGCUAGCCAAGCAUAGCAAAUACUUUUCUAUCGAUCCAAGAACCGGUUCUAUUCGACUAACAUCUCCUUUAGAUCGAGAAACUAUCCGCUCUCACCGACUGACUGUCAUCGCCAGCGAUUCUGCUUUGCAGCCGUUGACAGCAGAAUCAGUAAUAACUGUCAUUGUACUGGAUACAAAUGACAACAAACCUGUGGUAAGAAUGCAGACCCUUGAAAACGAUGACGUAGUUGUGGCCAGUGUGGUUGAGAACGCGGCUGUUGGGACGUUUGUGGCACACGUUGUGGUCACUGAUGCUGACAGUGAUGAGAAUGGAAUGAUUGCCGGUUGCCGGCUGGUCUCUGAAACUCAUCUGGGUUCUGCAACUGCCUCAGAAAGCGGCUACCAGAUAGAAACGAAUCAAGUUUUGGAUAGAGAGGAUGUCGCCAGUUACUCCAUCUUAAUAUCCUGCCAAGAUAGCGGCCGACCAGCUCUGACGACAGAAUCGCAACUGAUCGUCAACGUGGCAGACGUCAACGACAAUGCGCCACGCUUCGACAAGUCCGAAUACAAAACGGAAGUUAUGGAGAACCUGCCCCACGAAACACCCCUCAUCAAGGUCAAGGCCUUUGACUCGGACACAGGGCAAAACGCUGUGGUCUUUUACUACAUUCUAUCUGAGUUGGCGCACACAACCACUGCAUUCACGAUAGACAGCGUGACAGGCGAGAUACGAACGAAAAUUUCAUUAAAUCGCGAACUGUUCGACCACUACACGCUGACUGUGGCUGCCGUGGAUCGCGGCCUUUCAUCUCAAUCCUCCAUCACGUCCAUCUUCAUCAAAGUUCUUGAUCAGAAUGAUGAGAGACCGAACCACCACAACCGCCGCCACCCACGCGGCCGCUUGUCGACCAUCUACAUGCCUUCAACCACGCCGGCCAAUCACGUCGUGACCCAAUUAAAAUCACUUGACCUAGAUAUCGGCCAAAACGCUAUGGUGACUUUUAAUAUC